AUGACGCAUCGCGGCCCUGGCCCCGCCCCGCUGACGCUAGACGAGAAGACGGGCGAAGCCGGCCCGGCCGCCCUCCUGUACGUCACUUCCGCUUCCUCGCCAGCAGGGCGGGUAAUUCGAACGUUGCUGCGGUACUCGGUCCUCUUCCGAGGCGCGAGCCCCGCGGCGGCGGCGGCGGCGGCGGCGGCAGCGGCGGCGGCUACGGCUGCGGAGAUCGAGACCCAGGCUGGCGAUGUCGCGGAGGCGAACGCGGUCCGGAGGGGCCAGCCCAAGGGCCCAUCUCCUAAGUCUCUGCGGAAGUCCCAGCGCAAAUCAGACUCUGGUGUCGCGGGCAUCCUCCCUGAUAUCUGUCCCAAGGCCCCCCAGGCUGCUCCAGUGAGAAAGCCCAUCGUCUUAAAGAAGAUCGUGGCGAGUGCUUUAAAGAUCUCACCAGUCCAGUCAUUGCGUAGGAGCCCUCGGAUUGCCCUUUGCUCAGAGAAGGAAAAUCACCCUCCUGUCAAGGAAGCCACUAGGGGAAACAGCUUCAGGACACAUAAUGUCCCUGUCACCCCCACCUCAUCUCCUGUGCUGUGGACCUUCAAUGUUGAAUCCAGCUCCAGGGAUGGAGACCUAGAUGCCAGAGACUUGGAAAUGUCUAAAAAAGUCAGACGAUCCUAUAGCCGGCUGGAGACCCCAGCCCCCAGCUCCACGUCCACCUCCACCCCUGGCCGCCGGUCCUGCUUUGGUUUUGACAGGCUGCUCGGGGCAGAAGAGUUGACCGGAGUCUCACCUGUGGUGUGUGCAAAGCUAACUGAGGCCCCCAGGGUCCCUGAGAAGCCCUGGGUCCCAGACACGACUCUUCCUGGAAUCUCUCCCCCAACUGUGAAAGAGAAAAGAAAGAAGAAGAAGCUGCCGGAGGUCCUGAAAUCAGAGCUGGAUGAAUGGGCUGCGGCCAUGAAUGCUGAGUUUGAAGCUGCUGAACAGUUUGAGCUCCUUGUUGAAUGAGAUGAAGUGAGGUGCACCUGGCCAAGCCCCUCCACCUCCCCCUGGCCAUAGCUCCUCUCCCUGUGAAGGACUUUUGGGGCUCCUCCCUUGUGCAUGAGCUGUUACUGCAUUGAGGCCUGUCCUCAGCUUCAGGAAAAGGGGCUCUCCUAGCUCUGCCACACACAGCGCCCUGAGGUUGGCAUCUCUACCCACUCACACACUCACCUCCCUCCUCCCACACUCUUGCAGCCGUUCCCAGUUGGGCUCCGGCGCAGGAG